GUUAAUAGUUUAUGUGCAACAGUUUUGCAGACAAAGCAGAAGAAGUAAUGAGGAUCCAAUGCCUUUCACAGAGGGGAAACCUAGCUAAAAGGUAGUCAGCAUCCUACAGAGAGGAGAGAAGCAGGACACGCUACUAUUAACCACUUUCAUACUACUUAUGUAGGCAGAGGUCUCCUUCAAAUAAUGAAGCGCAUUUCCAGACAUCAUCUGGAUGUGCACCAGUUUCCAUGUCUUUUGUGGCUGUUUCGAAGAUGUCGCCCUCCUUCUACAGGUCCUGAUGCUCUUCCUAAAGGGAAACUACGCUUUCGCUCCAAGCCAGGUGCCUUUGUAUUCCUGGGGAUAUUUCUUGUCCUAGUAGGGCUAACAGUGGCUGUGUUUGGCUACUGGUCCCACAAACCUGAUGGUCCAUCUCCCUCAGCCCCACCACAACCACCUCCAAAACCAUAUGCAGAGAGGCUGAAGCUCAUUGGCCCAGUCAUUAUGGGGGUAGGAUUGUUUUUAUUUAUAUGUGCUAAUACGCUUCUCUAUGAAAACCGGGACACAGAGACAAGGCAACUUCUUCAAAACCUGGUUGCUACUCAGGGGCCCAAUCACGGGGUAGAAAUUCCAUCACAGAAUACCUGGGGUGAAAGUUCAGGGGAAUUAGAUAACAGGCGGAACAUAUUAAUAAGAGCACAGUUACUCUGUCCUCCAAUUAAUGAUCUAUCUGGUUCCCUGGUGAGCAUCCACUCGGACCCAUGCAUUUCCUCUUUACCCCAGGGGGCAGACACAUGGAUUCUCAAGGAAGAAGCAGUAGAGAGAGGUUUUAGCUCUGACAUGAAGCUAAAUAUGGUACAGAAGGGAUCUCUGGAGGUUCCACACAGAGGAACAAAGUGUAGGAGUUGGCCAAGGAUGGAGAGAGCUGAAAAUGGGUACAUAAAGCUGGAUAAUGCCACCGAGACAGAAUUAGAUGAGACAACUGAAAGCAGCCAAGAGACUGUGCCUGAGACAACAUAAUCUAGAACUACAGAAUAUGUUUUGCUCCAUCUGAAUAUUACAAAGAUAACAUAAAGUGACGUGACUUGGGUUCUUAUUUGUCGGCCACAUGGCACAGACACAAAACAUUUAUGGGAUACAAAGUUUGCUCAUCUCAUCACUGGGUUACACAGUGGCACUAAAAAGCAGACAGCUGUAUCAUCUGAUUGGACAGGAAUGAACUAUGUCGUAGGAGAUGCAUUUGACCUCUAAACCAUAAUAUUUUAAGAUUUAUUUUUUUUGUCAACCAGGUCAGCAUAUAAGCUUAAAUGGAUUACAAUAAAUGGAAGCAUCAUAA